ACACACACACGUACUGUGCUAAUGCCAUAUCUCUAUUGUCCUCUGGCAGGGGAUGGUUUGGAUGGGGGCGUGGCCUCCCCCAGUACGGGAGAGGAGGACGAGACGGACCGAGACAGAAGGAACAACAAGAAGAGAGGAAUUUUCCCCAAACUGGCAACCAACAUCAUGAGGGCAUGGCUCUUCCAGCAUUUAUCGCACCCAUACCCCUCAGAGGAGCAGAAGAAGCAGCUGGCACAGGACACAGGCCUGACCAUUCUGCAGGUCAACAACUGGUUUAUCAAUGCAAGACGGAGAAUAGUACAGCCCAUGAUUGACCAGUCAAAUCGCUCAGGUCAAGGUGGUCCUUACAGCCCAGAGGGAGCAGCACUGGGGGGCUACGGACUGGACGGCCAAGCCCACCUGGGUCUCAGGGCAGCAGGUCUUCAGGGGAUGCCGUCUCUUCCAGCAGAGUACCCCGGGGCCCUGCUGUCCCAGUCUGGCUACCCCCACGCCGGCCCGUCCCUGCACCCCUACCCCGGCCCCCACCCCGCCAUGCUGCUGCACCCGCCGCCCCACCCCCACCCCGCCGAUCCCCUCAUAGGCCAGGGCCUGGACAUACACGCCCACUAACUGAGAAGGAAGGGUGUGAAGGAGAGGGGAGAGAGGGGCCAUCCUGGGGGAGAUGGGGGCUCACACACCCGCCACACGCUAACUACGACAGCAUGGCGCAGUCCAAAUGUUUACAUUCCCUGACCUCCACAUAGUCACUCAACCCACUCAACCCACUGUCUGCAACAUUCAUACACUGCCCUUAACAUACCACCGCUGGCCCCUCUUAUACCAUCAAUAACAUACUUAUAUUCCAUCUCAGACGUAGACAAAGACACACACCACGCUGAGCCCUUGAGUGUGAGCCAAACCCACUUCAGAGUGGAAGAGGCGAGCGUCCUCAGCCCCUUCCCUCUCUACAUACUCUGUGGUGACAGUGAGCUGUCUGACUCCCAAGAUAGCGCCCCCUCUAGGAGCAUAGAGGAACACCCCACACGGACCACUGACCAGCCAACUCGCCUCUCUCUCCCACCUGGCCUACUGGCCAACCAAACGGAAAGACGGAAGGACACAGGUCAGACACACAGCUCCCGAUCUGCCUGGGUCACCUUAACCUCCGUAACUCUUAUGACCUCACACAGCCCAGGCUUGAAGCGUUGUGAUUGGACAGAACGCCAGCGAUACACUCUAACCUCUCUCCUCCACGCCCCAGGCCACACCCAGUCUUCCCACACCGACAACUGUCACACACACCCACCGUAUUUCAUUUGUCUUUUUUUAGAUCUAUUUUUGUAUUUAUAUGUGUCAGAGAGGUGGGACCUGACAAAAGUCCUGUGAACAGUGAUCUUCCAGGGCAUCACUCUGCAUGAUUCUUGUACACUAUGAAUGAGCUCAAUUUGUCUCUCUCAAUUUGUUCAAGGACGUACCUUGGUUUGUUUAAAUACGUUGGAAUGAGUUGAUCACUUACCUCCUUAAGAUCCUGUCAGACAUGAAUAGUAGGGUUUACUGUGGGAUCCACAUCAUAGGCCAAACAGUGAACACACACACACAUGCACACGCACACACACGCACGCACACACACGCACACACACACGAUCCUGUCGAACCAUUUCAUGGUCCAUGUUGUCUGCCAUUGGGUUUAAGGAGGACAGCCAAAGGACUUUACACAUGCUGCAUCUUCCUCAGUCCCUUAUGGGUCUGAUCAAAUAAUUUAUUUCCAAAUGUUAAUGAUGAUAAUUGAUGAUAAUGAUGUUCCAGUUAUGAUUAUACUUAUAGUAUUAAAAGCUUUCUUUUGUAAAAA